AUGGCUGCGCAACAUCUAUCGGCGUACCGUGCGAUUGUGAGGGAGGUCAACAGAGCGUCUAUCAAUGCUCGCGCGACGAGACCAAAGGUUGUCUCGCAAUGUAUACGGGCCAUCUUUGAGAGCUCGCGAGAGGACAAAGACACAAGUCGGUUCUACCAUGACAUGCGUAAUGCGGCAACGUUCAUGCGCUCCCAGCGGAUACACAAGGAGCUGCUAGAGCGCUACAAUCCUAUGCAUGGGCUAUCACAAGAAGACCGCAUCAAGAAGACGGCAAAUCGUGUCGGCCUCGACAUGCCUAUCGGCGGUAGUGGACCCAAGGAUGAGGACUACUGA